UUCCUCUGACAAGAAGAUGGAGGAGGAUCAUGAUGAGGUGCUUUAGCUACAGUUGCACCCAAUCCCAAGUCCAUGCAACUCUUUGACUUCGCUCUCAAGUCCAAGGCCCAUCUAAAGCAGCUUCAGUUCAAGCUGCAUCAUGGCCCAAAAAUGGAAGGCCGAAUUCAUUUCCACAGGGGUCGAGCCGAAGAUGGCAUCGCCCGUUGCUCUUCUAUCCCCUUGUCGUUUCAGCUUCUUCCCUACGCCUCGCCGUGUCGGAUUCGCCAUCGCUGCCCGGAGUCGACUCGGUUGGAGCUCCAUGAGUCAGGCUUCGUCGGAUUCCGCUGCCGCCGAGGACGUGAUUGUGCAGUACGUGGUGCUCAGGCGGGAUCUCAUCGACGCGUGGCCGCUGGGGAGCGUGGUGACCCAGGGCUGUCAUGCCUCCGUCGCCGCCAUCUGGUCUCACCGGGACGACCCCCUCACCCUCCAGUACUGCAGCCCCGAUAAUCUUGAUUCCAUGCACAAGGUAACUCUUGAGGUAAAGGGAGAACCCCAGAUGUUGAAUUUGGCAGAGAAGCUCAAAGCUGGUGACAUUGCGCAUAAGCUUUGGAUAGAACAACCUGAGAACAUUCCUACCUGCCUUGCCACAAAGCCUUAUCCCAAAUCCGUUAUAUCUUCAUACUUUAAGAAGUUGAAGCUUUGCAAGUGAGCAGGAGUGACAUUUUCUCAAGCCUGACAGAUUCUUUCUUGUUUCCCUUAAGCAAAUUUUUGGGGGAAUCAAAGGCAUUGCAUUAAAGGACAGCUGGGAAUCUUGUUACUUGUCCCUAUUAAGAUCAGUGUUUGAACUUUAGCUGGAUAUGUAGACAUUGAUCUGACAACUACGUGCGAAAGAUUUGUAACUUGUACAUCUUGUCUGCAUCAUGGUGAGAUGUUUAUAUCC